UUUAGUCGGGGGCCAAUGGAUUAUAUACACAAGAUAUAAGUAAGCCAAAUAAUUCAAGUGAGUGCUGAGAUAAUAAAGGUGGGGAGAUGUGACUGAGUGAUAAGGAGGGAGAACACUAAUUCAGAUUGAGACCUGGUCUAGGAAGUGUGGUCUCAGGAGGUGACAUCUGAGCUGACACGUGAGUGACCUGAAGAAGCCAGCCAUGGAAUGCUAUGGCAGAAAAGCAUUCCAGGUGGGAGGGAACUGUGAGUGCAAAGGCCCUGAGGUAGAAAUACUUUUUGGUAAUAGAAUGAACUCCUUUAUCAUUUGCUGCCUUUUUAGAGCCCUCAGAGUGGCCCUUGGAUGUCCUGGGCUUCUCUCAAGCUCGGCCCUAAGAUGCCGACUUGUCCAGAGAGCAGUAGGUCUCUGAGGCUGUGGGUGCCCCUCCCAGAAGCCUUGUGACUGAACCGGAUCUGAGUUUCCUGGUUCCCAUCUGGCAUGGGGUAAGCAGACAUCUUCCCCGCCUUCUUUCCCCAGGCUCCAGCCUCAGCCCCAAAUCUCCAUGGCAACUCCGGACACAAUCCUGAUCUGAAGAAGGAUCUAGAGCACAAAGAUCACUGUGAAGGGACCAGAGAGCUGGUGGACUUACCUCUCCUUGCUCCUCGUGUCCUGCCAGCCAGGUCCCCACAACCUGGUCUCCCCAAAGACCCCAAACCGAAGAUUCUGCAGGUCUGCCCCACUGCUGGGCACAGCAGGGCCUGGAUGAAGGCCUGUCUCCCGCAGCUGCCCCAAAGGCUGCUCCUGUUGGGGGCAGCUGCCCUGGCUGCAUCUGCUCUGGAGACAGCCGACCUGGUGGACCUCUGCGGGCAGACGUGGCAGGGGGACGGGCUGCUGCUGCGCUCUCACGCCGCCUCGCGCAGGUUCUACUUCGUGGCCCCGGACACCGACUGCGGGCUCUGGAUGCGGGCGGCGGCCCCCGGCGACAGGAUCCGCUUCCAGUUCCGCUUCUUCCUGGUCUACAGCUUGGCCGCGGCGCCGCGGGCGCCCAACGCCUCCUCCCCGGAGCCCGCCGACCCGUGCGACCCCGGGUCCUACCUGCAGUUCUACGAGGGCCCGCCGGGGGCGCCCCGGGCGCUGGGGGCCCCUCUCUGCGGCCUGACCAUCCCCGCCCCGGUGGCGUCCUCCGGACCCUUCCUGGGCCUCCGCCUGCUCACCAGAGGCCGCCAGCCCCGCGUGGACUUCGUGGGCGAAGUCACCUCUUUCCGGUUGGGAUCCUGUGGUGCCUACUUCCGCUGUCGGACCGGCAGGUGCAUCCCGUGGAGCCUGGUGUGCGAUCGCUGGGGUGUGGACAACUGUGGCGAUGGUAGUGACCAGGCAUCCUGGCCACCGGCCGACUGCAGAGGUCCCUCUCUGGUGCCCAGCCAGGCGAGGGCUACAGAUGGCCAUACCUCCCAGCCCCUGACGCCCUCCCCAGCUCUCAGGUCUGCAGGCCCCCUCCAGAUGGCGGCCGAGAGGAGCCCCCUGGCAGGCCGGGCCCUCGAAGAGGGGGAUACAGCAGCUCCUCCGGGAGGUAUGCAGCUCUUGGUUCCCACCUGAUCCCAUUCCUCCCACCAAGGUCAUACUUGUCCCUCUCUAGGUGACAGGGAUAGGGCAGCAGGCCCAGGCUGAAGCCUGAGUGGACUCUCCCUUUCCUUCUGCAGGUCCCCGGCUCCGGGGCGUGGCACCGGUCCCUUCGCUGGUCCUAGCCUCCACUGGCCUCCUUGUGGGCCUCGCCUGGUGCUGCUGCUUCUCCAGCUGGCUGGCCUGGCGGGCUGGUGCCCGUGGCCUCUGUCCCAGCUGCACCGUCUGUCACACGUGUCCUGGCCAGGUGGCUCCUGGGGGGCCGCAGCCGAGCAGGCCGACCUUCCAGGGGCAGGGAGGACGUCCCUAGAGGCUGUGGCUUCAGAGAAAAGAGAGCCGGCUCUGGGCUCAGACAGACCUAGGGUUCUACCCCAUCCCCAGGAGGGCCGUCUGACCUUGGGCAGGUUGCCUAACCCUCAGACUCAGGCUGCUCCUCUGGAAAAUGGGAGGAUUCCUGCCUCACAUGGUUGUUGUGAGGAGCUAUCGGCGGGCCCUCUGCUGGAUCCGUGAAGGGCAAGGAGCAGGGGGGCCUCACUCCCCUGAAGCCGCUUCGCUCCACUCCCAGACCUCACCUGCCCGGCUUUGCCCCACCCCGGCCCACCCUCGGGUGCCACCGAGUCAAGCCCUAGUCAGAGGCGCAGCAGACCGCUCUGGCGGGGAUAGCACCGUUUAUUAAGAAAGGUCAAGACACAGACCACAGGAGGGUCCCUUCUAGGACACAGAGGCCAGGUGUCCUGACCCCACAUCUGUGGACUGCUGGAGGGGAGGGCACGUGCUCCCAUUUGGGCCCUCAGGCCUCCACAGACGGGGCAGGGCUGUCGUGUCCCCUUCUUGUUCCUCCCAAGCCAUGAGUCCCGGCAUCCCCCACGCAAGGCACUAAGUCUUUUCAACCACCGAUGCCCUCCUCCCCCCAUGUCCCCUGGGCCUUCACUUCCAGAUCAGUGGGGGGAUGUGGCUUGCUGUGGGCGGGGAGACCCUCUCAGUGCUGGGUUCUGCCCAUAGCAGCUCCUGGUGAGAGUUGGGGUGGACUUUCCCUUGCAGCCCCUGAGGGCGGGGGCCCUGGGCAGGUGUCGGGUGUUGGGGGCGGGGGGGGGGGGGGGUGGGGUGGGGGGGGUGGGGCGGUGAUCCAGGAGGACUCGGUGGGAGGGGGAGGCUGCCGGGGCAGGUGGCCCGGCUGGCCAGGAGGAGGUGGAGGGGGCUGAGACACGGGCCGGCAGGGGGUGGGGUUGCCUGCCCAGGAGUGAGCUGCCUUUUGUUCCACAGUUGGCACUAAAGAGCU